AUGUCCUACAUUGUUUUUGCAGUGGAUAGCGCCGAUCGACUGACGCUCCUCGGCCCUCCCACUCCUGAAGGUCCUAACCUAAAGCAAAUAGCGCUAAGCUUUAUUCAGGCCCCGAAACUUGCUCGUCGUGCAUCUAAUGCUGAGUUUGGACCUGAGGAUCCUUUUGCAUUUGAAGCGGCGGAAUUAAUGCGCACCACUUUUAUUGGAAAACCUGUAAAGUUUACUGAAGAUUAUGUAAUUGAUGCACUCCAACGACGUGCUGGACGCCUGAAACUUGCAAGCGGAGAAGAUGCCUCACUGCUUCUACUGCGGCAUGGAUUUGCCACCGUGCCGGAACGCAUCCCAGCCCGUAUGGAAAAGGCAUUAUUUAAGGAGUACUCUGCACUUAUGAAUGAGGCAAAGCUGGCAAGGAAGGGUGUUUUUGCUCCCGAUGCGGCAUCGCACACGCGGAAGCUUCGUGAUCUUACAGUGGACGAGACAACGAAGUUGGGGGAAAAGUUGAAGGGAAAAACUGUUCUUGUGCGCGUCGAACAGGUUCUUUUGCCGACCGUCUGCAUGGUCCUGGCGGAAAGUUUUCCUGACACACCCAUAGCGGUUCAUAUGCCUGGUGUGACGGUAAAGGAUCCUGACUGCUUUGCCGUCGCCUCUGAGGCGCGUUUUCAUACCGAACGUUACUUAUUGCACCGCAGGGUCAAAAUUUUUUUUGAGGGUAUUGAUGAUUUUGGAAAUAUUCUUGGUUCUGUUACUUCUUCCACGGGUGUAUUCCAAAGUGAGCUACUCUCACGAGGGUUUGUAAAACUAAAUGGCGCGACUUUGGGAUUUACAAGUCAGUCUGAUGCAUUACACGCUGCUGAAAAGGAAGCGCGGGAGAAGCGGCAGGGGAUCUGGAAGAAUUGGAAAGAACCCACAGACAAAAACACCCUUCAAGUCAAUUAUGGGAUGGCUGCGACCACUGCUGCCGGUCUGCCUGUAAAUAACGCUAACGGCAGUACAGGCCUGGAGUACAAGGGGCCGUUGUCCUUUAGUGCUGUGGUGGUGCAAAUUGUUAAUGGUGACACCAUCACUGUGCGCUCAGAUGAGUCAAGGGAAUUUAUUCGCGUUUCUCUCGCCGGUGUACGCUCGAGUAAGAAUAUCACCCGUGAACAGGAUGGUCGUUCCCCUGAGACACGUGUGACUUACAUGGACUACGAGUGGGAGGCGAGGGAGUUUUUGCGCAUCCACUACAUUGGUAAACGCGUGGUUGUCAAGGUGGAGUACGUGCGGCAAAUUCCAGAGACGAAAGAAGUUCGACCGGUGGCUCUUUUGUCUAUCCCGGAGACGGGAGUGAACGUGGGUGUCUCCUUACUGGAGACGGGGUACGCAACCUUUCACCUCGGCAAGAAUGAUAUUUGCGCCGCUGCUUCUUUGCUGCAGAGCGCUACAGAAAAGGCCCGUGAACGAGGUCUUGGAGCCUUCAGCAAGGGAAAACCUCCGGUGCACAAGGUUGUUGAAUUAAGUCACCUGGGCAGUGCUCGUGGGAAGUACUACCUAAGUUUUCUGCAACGUGGUAUGCAAGGCAACCGUCCUCCUCUAUUGAAGGGAGUUGUGGACCUGGUGCUUGGCGGGAGUUCUAUCCGGGUGUACAUUCCGAAGGAGAAUUUUCAGAUUCCGGUAAAAGUGGCGGGAAUCAUCACUCCUAUGGGUGCCGCAAAUAAUUCGGAGACCGCCGAUCCAUUUGCAGAGGAGUCAAAGAGCUUUGCAGUGAGUAUGCUGCAACAACUUAACGUGGAAAUUCAGGUGCAUACGACGGACAAGGUUGGUAAUUUUAUCUCCUCUGUUUUUCUUGCUGAUGGCACCAACUUUUCGGUGGCCACGGUAGAGGCAGGACUGGGGACGGUGGCGAAUGCGGACCGUCUUCCCUAUUACCAGCAGCUCAUUGAUGCGGAGCGGAAGGCGCAGAGUGAGCAAAAGAAUAUUUGGUCCAACCAAUCUUCCAUUCCGCAGCGUGCGCUGAAGCUUAUGGCUGAACGGAACGCUAAUGUUGUCGGGUCUUAUACUCGCUGUGUUGGUCCAAAGGCGGAGUUUUUCCCUUGUGUGCUGUCAGAGGUGGGUGAGGAUGGAUAUUCUGUCUAUCUACAGGAACAGUGUGAGGAGCUGGAGCAGAGACUGGAGACAGUGCAAGAUCUUGCCAAACAAGUCUUGUCGUCAAGUGGAGAAUAUCAACCCAAACGCGGCGAACUCGUGGUUGCGCAGUACAAGAAGGAUAAGACGUGGCAUCGUGCUAAGGUACUACACGCAAAAAAGGGUGAUUCAAUUGUCACGGUCCUUUUUGUGGACUUUGGCACGAUGUCAGAGGUACGGGUGAAGGACGUACGAAACAUUCCGCGUGGUCCGGAGUUUGCGCUCCUGCGUGACCUGGAGCCGCUGGCUCGCCUUGUGCGCCUUGCAUUCCUCAAAUCGAAAGUGCCGGCUGCUGAAACAUAUGCCAAUUAUGCGUGCGACGUUAUCUACGAUUACACCGAUGGCGCUGCCAUCGCGAAGGAGGUGUAUGAGGACGGGAGGGGUCUCGUGUACUGCACCGUCACCGUCAACGAGAAUGUUCCUUCACUGAGUGAGACCUUGUUGCAGCGGGGCGUUGCGCUGCUUGACCGCGCCACAGCGACGAUUGAUACGAUGGAGUAUCAGCGGCAUGAGGCGGCACAAACCAUCGCUCGACGCGGUCACAAAGGGAUGUGGCAGUACGGCGACAUUGACGACGAAAGCGAGGACGCUUGA